AUGCUUAACAGAAGUACUGAAGAGGCUGAUGCUGAAGACAAUCAGGUUAGGCAAAAAUUAGAAGUAUAGAUUACAUGAAAAUAAUGAUGUGACCAAUAAUAAAAAGUUAAACAAUCAAGUUAAACACAACUGUUUCUCAAAUUUUAACCAACGAACAGGCGUACUCAUUACGGCCUGCAGAGAAGGUAGAUCAAAUAUUAUGUUACUGUAUGAAAUGUUACAAGCAAAAAUGUCAGUUUUAGUCUUUCAUCAUUACUAAUAUUCUUCUUCAUCGUUCUGUUUUUUUAGGAACGCAAUUUGCAUGGAGUUGAUUGGGAUGUGGCAGAUGUGUCAAGUGCCGACUCAGUUGAAGUUCCAGAAGUACCUGCACCAACAUUGCAAAAUGGGCUUCAGGAAUUAAAUGAAGUCAUUGAUCCUUUAAAAGAGAGUGAUUGCCAUGGUAUAAACUUAUACAUAGAAACACUGGAGUAUAUUUGGAACAGAAUAUAAUUUGAAUGUUUUUCUGAAACGUUUAUAAAUAAUUUUGUGUUAACAGGUUUUUGAUAUUUUUACUUUAGCUACAUUUCAGAUAGUUUACUAUCCUUCCCCUGGCUAUUUAUACAAAUUGUUCUAAACAAAUUGUUCUAUUUACAGAACAAUUUGUGUAAAUAGCCUGAGGACGUAUAGUAAAUUGUCUGAAACGUAGCUGAAGUAAAAUUAUCAAAAACCUCUUGUGUAAUCCUUGAUUUAAAUUAAAGACACAAAAAUGUAGAAUAUAGUUUACUAUUAUAUACACAAGCUCUGGAUAUUCUGCAAUGUGAUUGGUUCUCUACUAGCAGGAUAUUAAGCAUGUAUUCUGCUAGUUAGAUUUGGAGAAUUAAAUAAAGCGGAAAUUCAAGUUUUACUUCAAAAUAGGACGCCGAAAUGCACAGAGCUUGUGUAUCUAAUAAAACAGUUAUUCAGUAUUCUGCUCACUCUCGUUGUAUACUGUAUAUCAUCAGCUCGUGUAUACGACUUGAGUUCGCAGAAUAACUGUUAAAUACUCAAUAGCUUUGUGGUAACACCACAUAUAAUAGGUUUUGUUUGUGGAAACACCGCGUAAAUUUAUUACUGCAAAGCUUUCGAUCCGUAAGCCCGGAUCUUCAUCAGUGCUAAUAAUAUGUGACUUGUUUAAUUCACACGCUCUUUUUAUAUACAAAAGUGUCGUGAUCUGUUGGCUCGCGUCAUUUGAAAUUUAAUUAAACAGCACAUCAACCACAUUGGUGAAACUGGUCGAAAUCUCUCAGUACGUCUUAAGGAACACAAGACGAAUUGUGAGAAAGCCGAGCAAGAUAAAUCUGCUGUGGCUAAACAUACUUGGACUUACUUACGACCAUCGUAUAAAAAUGGACGAAGCAACCAUUUUGGCGAUUGAUAGUCAUAAGUUCUUUCGCAAAAUCAGAGAGUCAAUUGAAAUCGAGAAGCACAAUACUAUAGAUCAGGAGGGAAAGCCACUAGAUAGUACGUGGCGUGCUCUCUUUAAUGUGCAAAAUUAAUUUCUCUUGUCUUGGAUGCACGCGCGUUAAUUGGAAUCACUUCACUACGUUUGAAAUGACGUGGUUGAUGUGCCGUUUAAUUAAAUUUCAAAUGACGCGAGCCAACAGAUCGCGACACUCUUGUAUAUAAAAAGAGCGUGUGAAUUAAACAAGUCACAUAUUAUUAGCACUGAUGAAGAUCCGGGCUUACGGAUCGAAAGCUUUGCAGUAAUAAAUUUACGUGGUGUUUCCACAAACAAAACCUAUUAUAUUUUAUCACCAUGCAAACAUACAAAGAACUUAACACCACAUAUAUUUAUUAUAAUUGCAAAGCUUUUGAUUGGUCAGCCCAGAUCUUCAUCGGUGACAAUAGAUCUAAUAUUCAUGUAUAUAGUGUACGUGGUGUUUUCCAAAACUACAGAAACUUAGAAUAUAAUUUGUGUGAGGACAUGGUUGUGGUACAUAAUACAUCACCUGGGGAUGAUUAUGCCAGUGUUCUGCCAUCAUAUAACAACUAAAUUGGAAUGAAGAAAAGAUCUUUGCAUUAAGCUACUAAGUUUUUAAAUACAAAUGUACACAACAACGGCGGUUACCCUGCAUAAUGUAAACAUUUCUUUUCUGUUGACAGUUGUUUUGUCAAUUUUUACUGUGAUUUGGUCAUAAGAAAUGUGGUGAUCACUCACUAAACCAAUGGUGGAAAUGUUGCCAUAGAAAAUUUGAACACACCCAAAACUCAUUAGACAUUAUGCUCCAGGGAUUUGACAAAAUAUUACCUUCAGUGAUAAUAUUUCAUCAGCUCGGGUAAUAUUUUGCCAAAUCCUUCUCGCUCCAAGACCAAGUUUAUAAAUGAUAACUACACUUACAAUAUUCAGGGUUACCUUUGUGACUUGCAAGUUUUUUAAGAAUUUAUUUGUCCCUUAAGCUCAAACAAGACAGUAUCCUUAAUUAACCAACAAACAUUUUCCAAAACUAACAAACUGUUCCCAAAUGUUUGGGACUUGAUCAGAGGUAAUUUCUAAACAGGUAACAUAUAUGUCCUUUAAAGGUCUGAGAACCCUUUGUAUCCAUAUUUCACGGCUGUAUCCAUGUUCUCCUUAAAUUGGGCAUAAUCAUUGUAGACAGUUGGAAGUGUUAUGGUGUUGAAGCAGUCCUGGAAAAGGGCAUUGGUCGCUCAUCAGUGGCGAAUUUAACAACAAGUCGUCAAUUGUCUGUUGGCAAUACAUCCACUCCUGCCCGGAAGCUUAUCAGAUCUUUGAGAUCAACACCUGCAGGAAUAUGUGUAACAAUGUAA